AUGGGGGCGGGCAUUACUUAUGAGUGCACUGCGAAGAGUGAUGGCCGAGUUGAGAUCAAGAGAACCUAUCAACUGAGCAGAAAACAAAUCAGCUGCGAAGGUCAUGCAGUCGGCGAAUCGUGGGUAUCUCAGCACAACUUCCACAAGACAUGUACGGAAUCGGGAGCCCGAAUCACCGAAUGUCUGACGGAUGCCGGGAUUCCCGUCCCUAUCAAUCAACAUUUGGUCCUCUCCGGAAUCAAAUACACGUACGUCGUUCGCUAUGAUUAUAGGAUGAAGCCCCAGAAUCUAUAA